CUUUUAUUCAUACUAAAUGUGCCACGAAAUGUCAAAAUCAGCUGUACGAGGAUCGAGUCCAUCGAUUUAAAGUUGUCAAAAUCAAAAUCUGGCAUUUAAAAAAUAAAGUUUCAGUGCAAUAUCUACUAUCUAAAUCAAUAUUUUCAAUUGUGAUCUGUACGAUUUAGAUUUUGCUUGUGAAAAUUUAUAUCACGUAUACCUUAAUAUCGAUGAUUCAACCCCAAUAUCGACUGAAAGUUCACAUAGAAAAUGGCAACACGAAGUAUCACUGAAAUUUUCAUUCUGAUGCGUAACAAUGCUAUUCAAAGUCGAAAUUUUUACUCUGAACAAAGCAUAUCAGACACGGAUUCCUUGGUCCGUCAUGAAGUAGAUGUUCACGGCAAGAGUCAUGCCACUCAUGUAAGGAUUCCUCCAGAAUGGACAGACAGCUUAGAAGAGGCUCAGUACACCUUGACAAAAAUUCAAACUCGACUAAAAGAGUUGAGCUCUCUUCAAAACAAACAUCUUCUUAAGCCAACAUUUGAUGACGCGAUGAAUGAAGAGCAGCAGAUUGAUGCCUUUACUCAAGACAUAACCAAAAUGUUUACCACCUGCCACAAUUGCAUAAAAAGGAUUCAGUACAAUAGUACUAGUCCUAGUCUGGGGCAGGCAGAAGCAAAUCUUGCCAAAAAUGUGGUCACAUCUUUGGUAACAUCAUUACAAAAUCUAUCAAACACCUUCAGGAGUGACCAGAAUGCAUAUCUGAACAAAAUUAAAUCACGCGAGGAACGUUCUCAACAAUUUUUUGGUGGAACUUCCUCCAAGGAUUGGAAUUAUGAUGACUGGACCAAUACUAGCAGCCAAACCGAAACUCCGCGAGUGAUGAGCCAGCAGCAAUUGAUGUUGCAGGAAGAAAAUUCGUCUUUCGUUGAACAGCGCGAGAAGGAAAUUCAAAAUGUGGUCCGUUCGAUAUACGAACUGAAUUCGAUAUUUAAAGAAAUCUCUCACAUGGUCGCCGAUCAAGGUACCGUUUUGGAUAGAAUAGACUACAAUAUUGAGCAUACACAAGCUAAAGUUCACGACGGUUUGGUUCAUCUGCAAAAAGCUGAUAAUUAUCAAAAGAAAAAUCGGAAGAUGGUAUGCAUUGUCGGUUUGGUUUCCACCAUCAUCCUUCUAAUCAUUAUUUUAAUUGCUGUUAAAUCUUGAGUAAAGAGAAAAUCUAAUUUCUGUUCAUGUUUUCCAUGUGUGUAUUGAACUCCUGGAAAUGUACGUGUUUAAAUGCUG